UUACUAGCCCUGUGUGAUUAAAAAUUAUUCAGUAAAUAAUUAAAAAUUUAAUUUCAUUUGAAAUUUAUUUGAUUUGUUCCAAUAAAAAGGUUAAACAUUGUGACAGAUAGUAAACUGUCAGCACAACAACAACCACAAGUGACAGAUUGUAAGCUUCAGUCGAAACACACGUGUGGUUUGUUGAUUUUGUGUUUUUUAAUGAUAAUUGAAACCGAAUUGAACGCAACAAAAAAUGAGUAAUUUAAUCGAAGUGGCAAUCACAAGUGAUACAAACGGUGCACUAUGGACUUGUUGUGCAUGGGAUCCGCAAGCUGGCACACAAUUAUGUACUUACAAAGGUGGUGGAACAAUACCGUCGCACGGUUUUGCGUUUAUCAACCAACAAUUCAUCAUAACUGCAGAUAAUUCAAAGCCAUUGUUACACAUUUGGCCUGUAAAUAGUCAAGAGCAAGUGUCUGGAUUACGAUUUGUUGUGCCUGGUAAAGUGACAUCAUUGGCCGUAUCACCGGAUGGUGUGUAUUGUGUGGCGGCCGUUAGUGAAAUCAUUUACAUCUGGAAAAUAAGCUCAGGCGACAUGCUUGCAAUGCUUUCGCGUCAUUAUCAAACCGUAUCAUCGCUUGUAUUCACCGAUGAUGGUUCACAUUUCAUAAGUGCUGGCCAAGACGGAAUGAUGUUGGUAUGGAAAUUGAGCAGCAUUUUAACCUCAACUGGUUAUAGUAAUCAAGAAACGGCACCACUGUAUUCAUUUUCCGAUCACACACUUCCAAUCACCGAUGUCUUCAUUUCGAAAGGUGGUAUGCGCGCUUGGGCCGCAUCAGUUUCAUUAGAUCGUACAUGUCGCAUUUACGAUUUAGCGUCUGGUACGCUACUUUUGAAUUUGGUAUUUCCGGAGGCACUUACUUCCAUUACCAUUGACAAUUUGGAUACAAAUGUUUAUGUUGGCACAAUUGAUGGAAAUAUUUUUGUAUUUAGUCUUCAAUCACCGCCACGCACAAGAGAAUAUCAUUUAAAUCAUGAAACAUUGACAACAAAACAACGAUUUAUUGGCCAUAAAGGGGCUGUUACAACACUAUCCAUUUCUUUAGAUGGUGAAACGUUGAUGUCGGGCGGAAAGGAUGAAACAGUACAUUUUUGGCAUAUUCCAAGCAAACAAAUCAUUCGAACCAUGCCGCAUAAGGGUUCAAUUACAAAUGCUCAAUUCGUUUUAGCACCAAAAGCCAUGUUCGAUCAAGAAACAAAACUACAUUUAAUGGCCAACAAUUUUAAGCGAAUGAUUGACACACAAUCGAUUAAUACGAAAAAUUUUGUGGUUGAAGUUUUAGUUUCACAUCCAGCCGAUGCAAGCAUUAAACGUGGAAUUGGUAACGAAAAUAUUGGCACGAUUAAUAGUGUUGGCAUGUCUAGUGAAACAGCAGUUGGACAUGUAAAUGGAACUAUUGAUUUGAAUGAAGUGGAACAAUUGCGAGCCGAAGUCAGACGAUUGAAAAAAAUCAACAAAGAUUUAUUCGAACAUUCGGUUAAAUCGAUUUUUAACAAUGGAAAAUAAUUCAGGUUAUAAAUUGAAAACAAAGGAAAUCUAUUAUAAUGUUAAAUUGUAAUGAAUAAAACACAUUAAAUAAAUAAAAAAAAUUCGCAAAAAACAUCAGAAAA